GCGCCAUAAAGCAGGAUGUUGGUCUCGCCAGCUGUGCCAAAUCGAAUGUGGAAGCUGGUGGCUUUGACUCUAGCAGCAGCCUGCUGCAUUGUUCUGGGUGAGGAGUGUCCCUGCAACAUCAGUGGGAACAAGCUCAUCUGUACUGGUAUCAAACUUGAUGCUUCACCACCGGAGUCUUGCUUUGCAGGUAAAUCAAUAAAACAGCUAGUAAUUUCAAGACUACAAGAAGGUGGAUUUAAGACACUGCAGUUGCCAUCAUCACAGUACUGUGCCAGUUUGGAAAAAAUCAUUGUGACAGACGUAGCCAAACUCUGGGAGGUGGAGGGUCUGUCACACUGCCCACAGAUUAGGCAGGUUAUAGUAAAAUCAUGCGCUCUUAAGCAGCUACCAUCAGUGACUGGUCUUGCAAAUCUGAAAGAUGUUGUCCUCCGUAACAAUGAAAUCAGUGAAAUUCCAGCUGAUGCCUUUGCCACCAACCCCAGUCUUGAAGAGGUGAAUCUUUCAUACAAUAAAAUUUCAGAAGUUCCAGAAACAAUAUUUGCAAAUAAUCCCAAGCUAGAUGAAGUGGACUUAUCAUACAACAAGAUUACCACCUUGCCAUCUGGUCUAUUUUCUCACAAUCCCAAACUGGAAGAACUCGAACUUACCCAUAAUGGCCUUACUUCAUUGCCAUCAGACAUUUUCAAAAACAAUCGCAAGCUGGAGAAAAUUGACAUUAGCAGCAAUAAGCUGAAAUCUCUACCUGAAAGAGUGUUUGAUGGACUGGUUGAGCUGGAAGACCUGUACAUAUCAGGAAAUGAACUAGAAUCUUUGCCUCCACAUCUGCUAGAUCCUCUUGUUAAACUUGAAGAUCUCCUGCUACAGGACAAUUUACUGACAGAGCUUCCACCUACACUACUCAGCAGCCUGACUCAUCUUGAAAAACUGAAUGUAUCCAACAAUAAACUGGAAAGGUUGCCUGAAGGACUGUGUGCUUCCAACAGAAGGCUGGAGAAAUUAGAUGUUAGUGGCAACUAUUUAACUGAAAUUCCUAGUGAUCUCUUGAGUUCUGCAUCCCGGUUGGAAAAAUUGGCACUCUGUCAUAACAAGCUGACAACUCUGCCAUCAGGACUACUCAGUUCUGCAACACGACUGAAAUAUCUCUGGGCUGAGUCCAACAAAAUCUCAUCACUGCCUGCAGAUUUUUUCAGGAACACAGCCAAGUUGGAAACACUUGAUCUGUCAGAAAACCACCUGACAGACCUUCCUGAAGGCAUCCUGUCUCCGCUAACUAAACUGCGGUCUCUGCUGCUUGCAAACAAUGAGCUCACAAGCUUGAAACCUGUGUGGUGGCAAGGGAACUCAUUGAGAAAACUGUCCUACCUUGAUGUUUCUGGCAAUAAGAUACACACACUGCCAGAAGAUUAUGAACUGGAGAAAGUGUUGGUAGACCUUGAUAAACUUGGGCUAAACAACAACCCAUGGAAAUGCGACUGCAGUCUGAAGCCAGUACUGGACAAGCUGGCUGCUAAAGGACGCCUUCAGCCAUCUGUACUUCUGGCACCAUCGCUGUGUGCAGAGCCAUCAGAGGUGAAGGGAAAGGCACUCACGGACUGGAGAACAAUUGCUGACUGUCAUUAAUUUAUUAUAUACACUCUUUAUAACCAUGUAUGCUAAAUACAGGCAAUUUUUGUAGUAAAA